UCCUCCUCCACCUACCCCGCCUGCUCGGUGGCGGAGGCGGCAGCGGUCGUCCCUGCCUCUCCGCCACCUCCACCUCGGCCUGUGUCCCGGCCGGCGGCGUUGGCGGGGAGGGGGACUGUAGUUGUAGACGCCCGCCCCUGCCUCAGAGAAGAUAACAUCGAAUGAACUGAACUAUUUACAGAUACCUUUUGUAGAAGGUAUAUGUGUUGUAAUACUGUAGUCUGAAUCACAGAGGAUUUCACACUAUGAGUUUCAGGUAUAUGGGAAUAGACUAUUGGACAAAAAUAGAGUUUUAUAAUCUCUGCGUCAUGGUUUUUAGCUCCCCAGCUGGUAUACAGUCUCACUAUUUGGAGAAAGUUGGUGCUAAAAAGCUGAAGCAGUUAAUGAGUGAAUAUGUUCAGAUUUCUCCACAAAGUUCUCAGCCUGAUAAAGAGAACCCUUUGUUUUCAACCUAAUGAAACAUUCAAUGAAGACAUAUAACUCUUUUCAAGAUGAACUUGAAGAUUAUAUCAAAGUACAGAAAGCCAGAGGCUUAGAGCCAAAGACUUGUUUCAGAAAAAUGAGAGAGGACCUUUUGGAAACCUGUAGAUACAAAGAAGAGGUUGAUUCCAGACCCAGGUAUAGAAUGUUUAAUCAAAGACUUCCAUCAGAAACCAUCCAGACCUACCCAAGAUCAUGCGCUAUUUCACAAAGAGUGGAAAACCGGUUGCCACAGUGGCUGCCAGCUCAUGACAGUAGGCUGAGACUAGACUCCCUGAGCUACUGUCAAUUCACCAGGGACUGUUUUUCAGAAAAGUCAGUACCCCUCCACCUUAGUCAGCCAGAGUAUAAUUGUAACUCAUAUAGUAUAGAUUCUGGAGUUCACAAGCACCUCUCCUCAGAAAGCAGUACCAACAUCCAUCAAACCAGUCACAAACAGAUACAUCACAAGAGAAAACGGCACCCAGAGGAAGGCAGAGAAAAACCAAAGGAGGAACGGCCCAAGCAUAAGAGAAAAAAAACUUGUGAGGAAAUAGAUUUAGACAAAUACAAAAGCAUCAAAAGAAACACAACAGAGAUGGAAGCAGGCAGGGUAGAUACAGAAAAGCCUAAGGACAGAAAAGAGAAAAAAAGAGAAGUAGCCUCUAAGAAAGAGGAGCGUAAGCAUAGAAAAGAAAAAAAGGAACAAGGCAAGGAAAGGACAGAGGAGGAAAUGCUUUGGGAUCAGUCUAUCCUUGGAUUUUGACUCUCUCCAGUUGGUUCUCCCAAGGCUAAAUUGAAAAAGUACUGAGGAGCUUGGGUUUAUGACAUUUGUGUUCAUAGCAUUUUUCUCAUGUGAACAGACACUUCAAACUUGUAACAGGCCGAGUGAACGGGAAGUAGCUACUGUUCUCCAGCAGGGAAAUUCAUUUUCCUCAUUUCUGAAGGCAUUGCUACAAUUUUUCUUACAUAUAAUGUAAUUUCCCUUAAUGAAAGUGGCUCUUUCUGCAUCAAAUUGCUAUGAUGGUGGAAGUAGUUACCCCUUGGGAGGUCAUUUAUUUUAAAUUAGAGGCUUAAUAGGCUUUGCAGACUCUAUUUCUUGAUUGGGUUUGGUUUAAUUUAGGGGAGGUAUUUUUAUAUUCAUCAGUUUUCUCUAUGAAGCAACUUAGGUUGGUUUUUUUUUCCCCCUUUGUUAAAUCUAACUUGCAGUGUAUUUUCUAAAUUGGAAAGUAGAAAAUGAAAUCCAUUAAGUAAUAGUAAGCUUAGGUUACAUAUAGUUUUAAGUUUCAAAGUUUAUAUCCUAAAAGUCAAUUUCUGUUCUAGAAAUGUUUAUAAUAAAGUGUUCUAAUUUCUACAUUUUAUUGUUCUGUGUCAGUGAUCUGUUCCCAUUCAACUGCUGAAAGAACUGUAACUGAGAAAUUUGUCAUUAUCAGACAAGAUCUCUUGGGUAGAUCACAUUUACCAUUGUAAAAAUCUCUUGCUUAUUCUUACUUAAAGCCACUUUUUAGGAUAGAAAUGUGUAAAUGACUACAAGUUUUCCAAAUAGUUGGGAGGGAUUUUUAAGAAAUAAAAUGCCAUUAGAUUAUUCUGUUUGGCCAGUACUUUUAUAUAUUCUGGUAAUCCUGUGAAAAGGAUUGAUAUGAAAAGCAUAUCAAAUAUUUAGACAUCAUUGUUUUGUUGUAGAAAAAGUGAUGGCCUGGGAAUCUAGUCUUAGCUAUGUCAUCAAGUUGUUAUAUGAUUUGGGGGAAGUCAUGACUUCAUUUUCCUCAUUUUCAAAUAUGACUAAAAGGAUUGUUCUCUAAAAUGCCUUGGAUAACAAGAUUCUGUGAUAGGAAAACACUUUACAUUCUACAAUGUUAUAUUUAUAUGCCUAUUUUAAUAUUAAAUUACUAACUUUAAAAUUAUUUUUGUUAAUAUUUUUUAACACAGUGGGGAAAGAUGUGGAACUUCAAAAAUAAAAUUAUCUGCACUUCCCAUUUUUUAUUCAAAAAUACAACCUUUAGCUGGGAAAAAUAAACUCCUGAUAAAAUGAAUCAGCAUCUCAGCUCUUAUUAGCAUGCCUAUGCUCUGACUCUUCCCAUUUUAGACUGUGACCUUCUAGAAAGGGAAGCAGUGACCAUCAGAAUCUAAAAAUCUGAUGUGGCGGCACCAAGACAGAGAAAUUGGGCUAUUCCAUUUCCUUGAUUACUUAAUCCUAUGAAAAAAAUAAACCUAAUGAUACAUUUGCCUUAAGGUAAGACUUGUAUAGGUUUUCUUCAAAUUUGCACAAAAUGACAAAUAUGGGGUAAGGAAUAUUAUAGAUGUAUAACUGAUUAUAUGACUAGUCUCCAAGUGAGUGAAUGGAUCCUCAAAUCAACUGUUCUUCCAUGGCAUUCACAAUGACUAUUUUGUACUGUAACACUUUCUCAGUUCUCAGUAUAGUUAAUCUGCUGAUAAAAAGAGACCAAAAUAGAGCACAAGGAGACUAUGAAUUAUUUACACAAAAUAUUCUCUUUUCUCUAAAAAUUCCAAGAAAAAUUCUUUUUGACAGAUACUACAAAACAAGGUCAGUUAAAUUUCAUCUUUGGAGUUGACAAAAUUCUUUUUCAGAGGUUAUUUUGAGUAACACUGGGGCUACAAGCAUAUUCAGUAAGAUACCAAAGUACUGUGAUUUUUUGAAAAUGAUUGUAAAGUAGGUGCCAAGGUUCAAUAAAGUUACCAAUAUACAACAGAGCAUCAAUC